CAGGGGGGGAUGAGGGCAGGAGGUGCUGAACCCUCGGGGGGGAGAAACGAGGAGGUCAAGUUGCAAAACUUCUCCGGGGUUCCGAAGAAUUGGGAUGUGCAGAACCAGGAGGGGAGCCAGGAUGUGAGACGUUGCAGCUGCUUCCCCUCCUUUGCUGAAGUUCCUGAGCAAAAUGCUUGUUGUGGAGGGGGGCAAAGCUGUGGGGUACAUCGGAAUGGGGGCAGAGAUUCAGGUGGCAUUGCAAUGGGUGCAGAUCUGCAGGUGAAGUUGCAAUGGGUGCAGAUCUGAAGGUGAAGUUGCAAUGGGUGCUGAGAUUCAGGUGAAGUUGCAAUGGGAACAGAUCUGGAGGUGAAGUUGCAAUGGGAGCAGAUCUGGAGGUGAAGUUGCAAUGGGAGCAGAUCUGCAGGUGAAGUUGCAAUGGGUGCAGAUGUGGAGGUAAAGGUGCAAUGGGUGCAGAUGUGGAGGUGAAGUUGCAAUGGGUGCUGAGAUUCAGGUGAAUUUGCAAUGGGUGCAAAUCUGAAGGUGAAGUUGCAAUGGGAGCAGAUGUGGAGGUGAAGUUGCAAUGGGUGCAGAUCUGGAGGUGAAGUUGCAAUGGGCGCAGAUCUGCAGGUGAAGUUGCAAUGGGUGCAGAUGUGGAGGCGAAGUUGCAGUGGGUGCAGAUGUGGAGGUGAAGUUGCAAUGGGUGCAGAUGUGGAGGUGAAGUUGCAAUGGGUGCAAAUGUGGAGGUGAAGUUGCAAUGGGUGCAGACGUGGAGGUGACGUUGCAAUGGGUGCAGAUCUGGAGGUGACGUUGCAACGAGUGCAAACUUAUAGGGUACAUUGCAAUGGGUGCAGAUGUGGAGGUGAAGUUGCAAUGGGAGCAGAUCUGGAGGUGAAGUUGCAAUGGGUGCAGAUGUGGAGGUGAAAUUGCAAUGGGUGCAGAUGUGGAGGUGAAGUUGCAAUGGAUGCUGAGAUUCGGGUGGCAUUGCAAUGGGUGCAGAUGUGGAGGUGAAGUUGCAAUGGGUGCAGAUGUGGAGGUGAAGUUGCAAUGGGUGCAGAUGUGGAGGUGAAGUUGCAUUGGGUGCAGGUCUUUAGGAUACCUUGCAAUGGGUGCAAACCUAUAGGGUCCAUUGCAAUGGGUGCAGAUCUGCGUGGAAAUUUACAGUAGGUUAAAUAGGAUUUGCAGCCACCCCCGUUCACAUUCUUCCUCAUUCCCCCCCUCUCCCCCCCCCCUAAUUUCAAUGCUUGUGGCCCAUCAGCUCCGUCUGCAGCCCCGCAACCCCUCCAAAACAAACGUGUUUUGUUUUUCUGUUUUUCUGCUUUUCUGCUUUUUUUUUUUGACAAAACCCAUCUGGGUUUUGCACCCCUCACUUCGCCAAAACCCAAAUUGGGAUUUCUGCAGAAACCAAACGUCGCCGUGACCCCAAAUUCGCCUUUCCUCUGAGCUCCCAUUUGGGAUUUCAGCUCCGGGGGUAGCAGGAGAAGAGAGGAUGUGUGUUAUAAGGAGGCUCAGAAUGGGUUGGGAGCCCCAUUUCUUUGCAGCUGAGCUCUCAUCGGUGCCACUUUUCUCCUAUUUUUUGGUCUUUUCACGGUGAAAUUGGGACAAAACGAGAGGACAAGGAAUCGGGAUGAAAUCCUCCUUUGCUUUCCUCCUCCUCAUGUCAGGAAUGGUGACAAACAUCGAACCAACACCUGAAGCCCUGCUUUAUCCCUACGGUCUGGACCAAGGUGACCGUAAAAACCCCAAACUGGAUGAUGGGACAUCCAAGAGGCUGCCCCUCUCCGUGCCCUUCACUUUCUAUGGCAAAGAGUACCGAACCCUUUACGUGAACAACAACGGCGUGAUCUCCUUCGACACCCAGGUCAAACAAUACACCCCAGACCCCUUCCCCCUCGCCGAUGGCCGUCCCUUUGUGACACCAUAUUGGGGAGAUGUGGACAACGUGUUGGGUGGGGAGAUCUACUACCGCCAGACCACCGACCCGGCGCUGCUCAAACUCAUCACCCAAAACAUCAACCAGUAUUUCCCCAGUAUCCCCUUCACUGCCACGUGGGCUUUCGUGGCCACCUGGGAUCACGUGGCUUAUUACGGCUCCACCAGCAAUAAGGGAAACACCUUCCAGGCCACCCUCACCACCAACACCAACACAUCCUUCAUCAUCCUCAACUACAAGGACAUCCAGUGGACCACAGGGGUGGCAAGUGGUGGUGACCCCAAAACCGGCCUUGGAGGCACCCCGGCUCACGCUGGAUUCAACAGCGGAGAUGAAACCAACUACUACAACAUCCCCGGCUCUCGCACCGAAGCCGUCAUCAACAUCACCAAAACCUCCAACGUCAACGUGCCAGGACGUUGGGUCUUCCAGGUGGAUAAUGAGGUGAUUGGGGAAACCACCGAGAAGCCCCCCACUGACAAGAGGUGCUGGCUAGGAUUUGAGGACAAAAAGGAGCGUUUUGGGGGCUGGGGUAAAGAAUCGGGAGCAGGUGUUCUUCAUUUCCCCAACGUCGCCGUGUCGGCCCCACACCACCUGGGCAAAGAAUUUGUGGUGUCCUUCAUGCAGAACGGCUUGCAGCAGACCCUCAACAGCGACUUCAAGCUGCUCAUCAGAGGUUAUUCACCCUUCACAUCCGUCACGAUCUCCAUGAAGAAGCCAGGCUUGAGGAUGACGGUGCAAGUGACCACGGGGCAAACCGUCCUCGUGAAAAUCCCACCCCAAGCGGAGAUGGUGGGGAGCAAAACCUUUGAAAACACCGUGGUGGUGAAGGCCAACAACCCCAUCUCCUUGGUGGCCAUCAACGAGAAACCCACCUCAGCAGAUUCCACAGUGGUCUACCCUUUACACAGCUGGGGCACCGAAUACCAAAUCGUGACGCCCAACGUGGGCACCGACCGCUACGGUGAAUUCACGGUGGUUGCGUGGGACGAGCCCACCACUGUUGAGGUUCACCUCAAAGCCACGGUGACGUAUCAAGGCCAAUCCUACCCUCGUGGUUCCGUGCUCCCCAUUCAACUGAAGCCUUUCCAAGCAGCCCAGCUCCAAAGCCCAGCAGAUAUGUCUGGCACCCGCAUCGUGGCACAAAAACCCGUGGCCGUCUUCACCGGUCACACGUGCGUGGCAAGACUCACCCAAUGUGAUCAUUUAGUAGAGCAGCUCCGACCCGUUUCCAGCUGGGGCAACACUUUCAUCGUGCCUCCGUUGCCUUUUGAUGCUCAAUCUGACAUUGUCUACGUCUCCACAUCCCAACCCACACAUGUGGAAUCUCAACAUGGGAUGAGUAGAUCAGCUCGGGAUCUCCGGGCCGCUCGCUCAACUCUCUACGGACUCCAAGCCCCAAAUACUUUGUACCUCUCUGCCAAUGCUGGCAUCCAGGUCAUUUUUUUUGGUGAUGGAGGUAACAAAGGCUCCAUCACUUACGAUCCGUUUUUUAUGACCAUCCCAGACGUCUCCAGCUAUUGCCUAUCCCAUAAUGUCUUCUCUCUGGAGGGUUACGAGAAUUACAUUCUACUGAUCGCCAAGACCUCAGAAGUGGCUGGGAUAAUGCUCAACAAAAUGCCCUUAGGAAAUACCAUGUGGGUGCCCAUCCCGGGCACGGAAUACUCGUGGGCAAGGCAAAAUUUAGGCAGUCAGUUUGCUGUCCAUACAGUGGAGCACAAGACGUCCCCUUUUGGGGCGCUCAGCAUGGGGAUCCGGGAGCAGAAAUCCUAUGGGCUGAUGGCAGUGUGUGAUAGUGUUUUUCUCUUUCAUUUUGAGGUCAACAACCAACCCACCACCCUACCAGCCAACCUGCAGAACGGAAAGAUCCAGAUCUCCCAAAACGAAGGCAGGAUCGUCCUGCAGACAGAUUUUGGGCUGCAGGUGACCUACGAUGAGGACUGGGCUGUCAUGGUGGCAGUGCCCAGCAGUUAUUUCGGGGCCACCUGUGGGCUCUGUGGGAACUUUAAUGAGGAUGGGGAAGAUGAGAUGAAGCGUCCCGAUGGCACCGUGGCCGCCGAUGCGACGGAUUGGGCUGAGAGCUGGAGAGAUCCCUCAUGCCUGGAGGAUAGGAGAGAGGAAGAAACACUGCAAGAAACAGUGCAGGACACAAUGGGACAAGGGAGCCAAACGGAUGGCAAACAGUCCUGUGAAUCCCAUGAGAAAUGCACUGUGGACAGAAAUGCCCCACGCCGCCGAGUCACCAAAACCUCCACCUGCAUCGGGACGGGCGAUCCUCACUACACCACCUUUGAUGGGAGGAAAUACGACUUCCAAGGGACCUGCAUCUACCAGUUUGCUGCCCUCUGCUCAUCCGACCCCGCUCUCGUCCCCUUCAAUGUCACCGUGGAGAACAACAACCGGGGCAGCAAAGCUGUGUCCUUCACCAAAACUGUCACCAUGGAGGUGUACGGAGAUGUCAUCAGCAUGAGCCAGGAGCACCCGCAGAAGGUGAAGCUCAACGGGGCUUUUGUGGAGCUCCCUUUCACCCGCAAGGACCGUUUCGAGCUCUACCACAGCGGUGUCCACGGUUUCAUCCGCACCUCCUUUGGUUUACGGGUCAGCUUUGAUUGGUACAGCUACGCCCGCGUCAUCAUCCCCGACACCUACGCCGGUGCCACCUGUGGCCUUUGUGGCAACGCCAACGGUGACCCCAAUGACGACCUCACCUCCCACGAUGGGAAGCAAAUUGAAGAUGAGAUCCGUUUCGCUGACAGCUGGAAGGUCAAGGAUGUCCCCGGUUGCUCGGCGCGUUGCGUUGGGGAUUGCCCAACGUGUGGCGAAGAGCAGAAGAAACCCUAUCGUGGUGAUGCAUAUUGUGGGGUGAUCGGGGCGAGUGGGGGACCCUUCCGGGAUUGUCACCGUGUCGUUGAUCCAGGGCCGUUCCUGGAGGACUGUGCUUUUGAUGCGUGUCAGUACAAAGGAAGGAGGGAUGUCAUCUGCAAAGCGGUGGCUGCUUAUAUGACCGAGUGCCAAAGCAAUGGGGCUGCUGUGGGGCAGUGGAGGACGCCGUCGUUCUGUGCCCCCGUCUGCCCUCCCCACGCUCACUACGAGCUCUGCGGAGCCGCCUGCCCUCCCACCUGCCGUCCCCACGCUCUCCCCCAGGGCUGCACAUCAGCCCCGUGCACCGAGGGCUGCUUCUGCGACGUCGGCUUCAUCCUCAGCGGCUCCGAAUGCGUCCCAGCAUCCGACUGUGGCUGUGAACACCGCGGCCUCUACUACAAGAAAGGCUCGGAGUUCUACUCUUCCUGCCAGGAGUUCUGUGUUUGCAAAGCCGGCGGGGUGACGGAGUGCAGGCCGGCAUCCUGCGGCGCCCACGAGGAGUGCAGGGUGCAGGAUGGGGUGCUGGGGUGUCACCCCGCCGGCUACGGGCGCUUGGUGGUCUCAGGAGACCCCCACUAUGUGACGUUUGAUGGUAGAGCCUUCGACCUGCGAGGUUCCUGCAGCUACGUGCUGGCCAAAGUCUGCAAGCCUGAACGUGGCUUGGCCAACUUCUCGGUGCUGCUGGAGCACGACGGAGGGGGACGGGGCGACGUGGCGCUGGUGAAGAAGGUGAUAGUGAGCAUCUAUGGGUACACGGUCAGCAUGGAGCAAGGGCGGCGCUGGGAGGUGAUGGUGGACGGUGAGCAUUUCACCUUGCCGCUGGCGUUGGAGGACCAAAAGCUCCACAUUGGGCAAGAGGGGACCAACCUCAUCCUGCAAACGACCUCCGGCCUCCGUCUGCUCUACAAUGCAGCCACGUAUCUGCUGGUCACCAUCCCCAACGCCUACCUGGGCCGCGUGUGUGGUUUGGGGGGCAACUUUAAUGGAGAUCCUGGCGAUGAUUUCCUGCUCCCCGACGGAUCCCCGGCGAAGAGCACGGAGGAAUUUAUCACCUCUUGGAAAACACCUUCAUCUGAUGGUGGUUGCACCGAAGGUUGCGAUGGGAAGCCGUGCCCUUCGUGCGAUGCUGCCGCCGUUGCUCCAUACGGCAGCGGGGAUAAAUGUGGCAUCAUCCACGACCCAACGGGGCCUUUUGGGUCGUGCCACCAUCAGGUGAACCCGGUGCAGUAUUUCCAGCAUUGCCUCCACGAUGUUUGUGCUGCCAGUGGGGCAAGGGAUGCUCUGUGUCACAGCCUGCAGGCUUACGCUGCCGCUUGCCAAGCCGCCGGCGCUGAGAUUGGAGGAUGGAGAACGGCGGCGUUUUGCCCCCUCUCCUGCCCACCCCACAGCCACUACGAGCUCUGCACCCGCACCUGUGACUUCACCUGUGCCAGCCUCUCCGUGCCAACCCCGUGCAGCUGGCCGUGCUUUGAGGGAUGUCAGUGUGAUGAUGGGUUCCUCUUCGAUGGCAGCUCCUGUGUGUCCCUGGAGAAGUGUGGCUGCGUCCACCAGGGGAGGUAUCUCAAGGCGGGUGAAACCAUCACCUCCAACAACUGCACCAUGAAAUGCCACUGCCACCCAUUGCAGGGACUCACCUGCGAGGCCACCCGCUGUCCCCCAGAUGAGGUCUGCGUCGCUCGGGAAGGGACGCAGCGAUGCCUCAAGCAGGAGGGACGAUGUCAGAUCUCACCUGGAGCCUCCGUGACCACGUUUGAUGGGGUGGGAGGAAGGCUGCCUGACAGUGGCACCUAUAAAAUGUCCUCCCUGUGCAACGAGAGGUCGCCCAACUGGUUCAAGGUGGUGGUGGAGGUCAGCGAUUGUCGGGACGAUGGGAUUCCAGCUGCUGUGGCUGUUUUUGCCUUCUUCCGCGAAGCUUUCAUCACCAUCAAUAACAACAUGGAGGUUUGGGUGAACGGUCUCUUCACCCGCCUCCCAGCCCCGGUAUCUGAAGCCGUUUCCUUGGAUGUGAUGGAGGGGAACGUCACCAUCUCUCACACCUCGGGGUUGGAGGUGAUCUUCAGUCCCAGUGGGGAGGUGACGUUGACCGUGAAAGCCACUCUGGUCAACCAUCUCUGUGCCCCCUGUGGCAAUUUCAAUGGGGAUGCCAAGGAUGACCUGAGGUUGCCCAGUGGCCGCGUGGCUGAGAGCAUCGCUGAGGUCGUCGAUGCCUGGAAAGCCAAGGAUUUUGCAGGAUGCGAUUGAGACACAAAAGCAAAGGAGGUUAUUCUGGUAAGUGAAUU